AUGUCCAACGCCCCAGUGCCGCCAAAUGUGAUGGUGCAGGUCUGUGCGAAGCCAGGCAAGGAGAAACGAGUCGAGGAGCUCAUCGCCACUGUCGCCGACCAGGUCCGUCAGCAUGAGCCCUGGGUCAGCUUGUACCGUUACUACAGAGCCAAGCAUGCGGGAAGCUCGUCUGAGGAGGAGGGCGUCGAGUAUAUCAUUGUCUUUCGGCUCGACGACAUGUCAAAACUUCAGACUCGGCGUGACUUGCCGCACCACCAAGAAAUCGCCAGAGCCAUCCGCGAGGAGGAUCUGUUGAGGACGCCGCUGAAGUACACGGAACUUGGGGAUAUGGGGUUCUGGAAACGCUGA